AUGGGCUAUGCCGCUACGGUCAUCGACAUCAACAGCUUCAGGAGCGUGACCAGAGCCCAGAAGUUCCUCGAUGCAGUCGAACACUUGAAGAGGAAUGUGAUGCCAGACAUCGCGUCAGAGGAGAAUGUGACAAUUCAUUUUUGGAUUUCGUUUGCAUUCCUCAUCACAGACUCUCAUCCAUACCAUGUGUGGGUUGAGGGAAACUUUGCCGAGAGACUGGCUGAAUCAAUCCGAAGCGUUGACAAGAUGGCAACAAGACCGAUCUUUGUGUCACUUUGCAAGGAUUCCAGAUUUCAUGGAAUUCGGUCUGGCAUCCAGGACGUCGCAAUUGAUUCGGCAGACAUCUUGAGAAGCUACGGCAUCAUGGUUACCACAGAUGAUGGGAUGGAUCGCGUGAAGCAGAUCUUCGCCGGAAAGCGUGGAAGGCAAUACAUUGUCAUCCGGGAAGAGUUCAUGCUGGACGAUGGCAGGGAAACCCAUCAACGGUUUGCCUAUCGCGUAUCCAAAGACUAUGGGAAUGUGUUCUACAAGGACUACCUCAAGAUGGUGCUCGGGAAUGACUUCACUGAUGUCAUGGGCUAUCUCGACGUUGCAGCUCAGAAGUGCGGCGACGUGGUCGAGAUGUGGCUUGGCAUGCUUGACCUAGCCAACAUGACGAAGUCGCAGAUCACGUUCAUGGAGACGAAAGCUGAUCCAGGUGAGCUACUUGCAGGCCUGGAGGCGUCGCUCAACAUCUUCCAUGGGACAACAAGAUCAACCACAACCCCCACCACCAAGAGAG